AUGACUGAGCCUCCAUUGCCAUUCAAAGUCAAAGCGAUAUUUGAUUAUAAGUCAGACUACGAGGACGACUUGAGCUUUGCAGCGGGCCAAGUUGUCACCGUUACAUCAAUUGAGAAUGACGAAUGGUAUGCGGGCGAGUACGAAGGCAAAGAGGGAAUGUUUCCCAAAAAUUUCGUGGAGAUAAUGGUGGUGCCCGACGUUCCCACCAUGAACAGGCCCGUGAGAAAGCAAGAAGUGAAGAAAGAUCCAGUAAACGAACCACCGGUGUCUCAAGAAGUCCCGGCAGCGACCAAUUCCGAGCCAGAGCCAAAGCUGGAGCCGAAUGCCGCGUCGCAAGCCAGCAAGACAAGCGCCGAAGUUACCGAGGACCACGAAAAGGACCACCAUUCACCUGCCGUGCCUCGGCCUCAGGGAUCCAUCUCCAAGCCUGUUGAUCCUUACAGCGUAAAGAAGCAGUUUGUUGCUGCCUCUACUUCGUCUUAUGUUCCGAAAAUCCAGCCCAGGGACGAGUCGAAUUUGCUUGUCCAUCCCGUCCACGACUCGAAGCCAACAGGUGACGUUGUAAGAGAGCAUCCAGCGACAGAAUCCGAGAAAGCCGCGGAAGAAGGGCCAAAAGUUUCCUUGAAGGAAAGAAUCGCUUUAAUACAGAAGCAGCAACAGGAACAGGCCGAGAGGGAGGAGGCUGCUUUGAAGCGCAAAGCGGAGAAGAAGCAAAAGCAGGCUGAGGAAAAGGAGAGAUUGAAGCAUCUCAAAGAGAGCCAGAGUGGCGGACCACAGACCCGCGGAAGCUUUGAAUUCGAGGAGGGCCAUCCCGGCGAGCCCGUGCACACUGCAACAGUUCCUGGUAGUUUUGAUCCCCUGCUUGAGCAGCGGGAACCAUUGACAGGAGAAGAAGAAAGAAAUGAGGGAGAUUAUGCCCAAUUGGAAGGGUACAAGCACGCAAAGGGGGACAAUGAACAGGAGCGGGAGGAGGAAGGUGAUGCAGAUGAAGAUGACAAUGAAGAAGAAGAAGAAGAAGAAGAAGAAGAAGAGGAAGAGGAAGAAGAUGAAGACAGCGAGGAACUCAAGCGCAGGAGGUUAGUGGAGAGAAUGGCUAAAAUCUCAGGAGGAAGAAACAUGUUUGGAAUGAUGGGCAUGCCCACACCAUUCGGUGCUGCGCCACCAGCAGCAGCAGAUAAAGCCAAGAAAUCCAAGAGCUUACCAAAGGCUCCCGACUCGGCUUCUGCAAAGAAUCAGCAUUCAGAGGCUAUUCCUGCCUCUGCGCCAGCAGGGAUAGAUCCACAACACAUUAAACAACUGGGCGCGCCGCCAGUUACAGAAGAUCGCGCGUCCGCGCCAUCAACAAGUGAAGCUGCAGCUGCAGCUGCUCCCUCUGUUCCGGCUGUUCCGGCUGCUCCGGCUGUACCAACCUCGUCAUCCCCCAUUGCUGGUGCUCCAGUGCCACCCAUAGCCACCGUGACGCAGCAGAGCCCCGUGUCAAAGUUUAGUCAGGAAAGUUCAUCGAUGGCCGAGGACGAUGAACCCUCGGACCAGGAUCAGGCAGAGGUUAUUACCCGCAGUGAAAUCGCGGACUCUUACCAGGGGCGCCAUGCAAAUAUAUCCGAUAGCGGCGCUGAUGACCAUGGUAAAGCUCAUCCAAUCAGAUUACAAAAACACAGUACGGUCGAAGCAGAAGGAACGGGCUAUGAAGCUGACGAAGACUUGUCCGAUAUGUCGAGACCCCACGAAUAUGUUCGAAAGGAGGAGUUGGCACCGUUGGAGACCAAGCAUAUUUCACCAGGGCAAGGAAAAGACUCUGAUCAAACCGCUUUACUCCAAGAAGAGCAAUAUGGACCGAAUCCGACAGUGCCACAUCCACCUAUUCAUCCUCACCCAUCUUUGAAGAAUGCACCUACCAUACCGGCUGUUCCACUGGUUCCACUGGUUCCACCGGGACCAUCGCAGUCUGCAGUCCCUCCAGUUCCACCAACGGCUCCUCAUCCUUCCGCUGCUGCUGCUGCCCCACCAAUGCCCCCAGUGCCUUCAGUGCCUCCAGGUACUCAACGUGAUCGUGCGCCAGCUCCACCACCUCCUGUGCCAGCUCCUGGGCCAAUUCCUCCAAGACCCGAACCUUCCUUCGCGGAGGAACAACAAGAGGCUCCCCCAGCACCACCACCAGUGCCACCAGUGCCAUCUCAUCAAGAAGCCCAAGAUGACUCGAGCGAGGAAGAUGACCAGGACCCUGCCGACUUAGUUCAUGCUCAACCACCGCUUCCCCAAGUGCCACGUGCUCAAACCUUGAGCACUGCGCAGGAGCACCGUCCAAAGGCUCCACCUCCGCCGGUUCCCGAAUUCGCGGCACCUCCACCAAUUCCAUAUGGCGGACCUCCCAAGCGCGCUGCCACGGAUGUGCCCGCGUUGAUUCAAACUUCGACAGGCGGUUCCAUUGGCUCAACCGCGGCAAGAAAAUCCACCGAUCUGGGCAAUGUUUCAAGAUCGAGGUCUCUCAAGGGCUCAGACCAGGCCCAGGCUGAAAUCGCGUUGGAGCAAGUAGGGUUUGAGCUUGCAAAUAUAAAGUCGACUUCUACAUGGUGGUUGAAAAACGAGUUGCCAGAGUCGCUCACCGCGAAAAUCGGAGUCGAUUUGGUAUACGAGAUGGAUACAAACAAAAUCCACAAACGAGGUGGCCGGACAUUGAUAAUAAAGGAUUACUACGUUUUAUUCUACGACCUAUCCAAAGUCGUUUUCGAAAUAGAGUACGAGGAGCAGGAUCCGCGAAACACGGUGCAUUUGGUUAACCAGUUCUGGAAACCAAGUCCACCUAUUCGGAAAGACUUGCUAGAUGCGGCUCACAAGCAAUUCGGCUCCGUUCUUGUCAAUGCCACUGCCCAACUAGUGGGCACAAAAUUAGACCAACGUUUGGUGGAACAAGUUUUUGGCAGUUCCCGGUUAAGCUCUUAUGUGGUGCCACCCAUUGGCAACAAGUCCUAUGGUGUUACGAUAUACAAGAACUUUAACAAUUCGAAUGUAUCAAAGAUUGACGACAUCCAGGCUGGAGAUAUCUUGUGGAUCAAGAAUGGUAAAUUCGAAGCUCACAAGACCAUUAUGGCCAACAAAUCGGUGAAUCUUGGCGAUUCGUUUGCCGCGGUGAUUUACGAGUUUGACCCCAUCAAGGAGAAGUUCAAAGUCUUUGAGCAGGAGAAGUCGGGUCUCGUAAAGAAGGAGCUGUACAAGGUCGGCAACAUGAAGAGUGGCAGAAUUAGAGUCUUUAGGCCAAUACCAAAAGAAUAUGUAGGUUUGUAG